GAUCAAGGCUGAUUAGAAGGGUUUAGCAUGACGUAAAGCAACUCGUUGCUUCAAUCACUUAAUGCCUCAGCUGCUCGCCCCUUUUUUUUUUAGGAAGGGGAACUGCCACUUUUUGGUCAAUUUUAUGCAAUAUUAUUUUCCAAUACUCUGGACCUCUGUGAGUUCUGGAUGGUCAGAAUGAUCAUGUGGAGGAAAAUUAUUGGCAUGGAUUCGUUGGAAGCACAAUUUUGGAAUGGAAUACAGAAGUAAGCUGGUGAAAAACAAUUUAUAUAAUUUAUUUUAAAAACAGGACAGAAUAAAAAAUCAAGGAACAAAACAUGGCUCUGAUGGUUUUAAAAUUUGACUUGGCCAAACGGAUCAAACUAGCUCAGGGACUAUGGCUCCUUUACUGGCUUGCAGUCAUUGGUGGGAUCCUCAUCUUCACCAUGGGCCUUUUCUUCAAGAUUGAACUUCGCAAAAGAAGUGAGAUGAUGGACAAUAAUGAAAGUCAUUUUGUACCCAACCUGCUCAUCCUGGUAGGACUGGCUGCAUGCGGGAUCAAUGCUUUUGGUGGCAAAGUCUGUCAUGACUCACUAGAUUCAGUCAAGUUUUCCAAGUGGAAGCCCAUGUUGAAGACUUACCUGUGUGGAUGCUUUAUCUUGUCCAUCAUCCUCUUCAUCAUGGCUCUGCUUUGCUUUCUAAUGCAGAUUUCUCUGCACUUUGCCCUGGCUGAAGGUCUUAAAAAUGGGAUGAAAUACUACAAAGACACAGACACACCGGGGCGAUGCUUCAUGAAGAGGACGCUGGACAUGACCCAGAUUGAGUUCCGUUGCUGUGGCAACAACAACUUUAGAGACUGGUUUGAGAUCCAGUGGGUUAGCAACCGCUACCUGGAUUUCAGCAACGAUGAGGUCAAAGACCGUAUCAUGAGCAACGUUGAAGGUAAAUAUCUUAUGGACAGCGUUCCAUUUAGCUGCUGCAACCCUGGUUCUCCACGGCCUUGCAUCCAGCACCAUCUGACCAAUAACUCAGCUCACUAUGACUACGACCAUCACACUGAAGAGCUGAACAUCUGGACCCGAGGCUGCCGUGAAGCUCUGGUCUCCUACUAUGCGGGGAUGAUGAACAGCAUCGGGGGUCUUGUGCUGCUAGUCAUGGUCUUGCAGGUGGCAGAUAUGGUUGGGCUGAAGUACCUGACAACCUCUUUGGAGACCGUCGAGAACCCCGAGAGUGAGAGUGAAGGCUGGCUGUUGGAAAAGAGUGUGAAAGAGACUGUGUCCAAUGUCCUGCAAAAGAUCAAAUCAGUCGGGAAAACAAAUCAGGUGGAGGGGGCUGAGGCUGCUUCCAGUGCCAGUGGCAGCUGAAGAUAUCCUUCUGGACAGAAAACACAUUCCUACAAACAUUGACAUACAUCACAUAAGCACUUGGAAAUAUAUUGUUUCUGUGGGCUGUACAAUUAAGAUUACGCAAAAGAUUAUUAAUGAAACCUUAAUGAUUUGAGGAAAAAUGUAAAUUUUCAUAUUGGCAUGUAAAUACACAUUUCAAUAGUUUCAGAAAGAAAGGUUUAUAGAUAGUAAGAAAGAAAUUUGGUGGUCAAUAAACUGAUAUAAAGGAAUGAAGGAUGCAGCACUCUCAUCAAUAUGUGAUCCCUAAAUGAGGUGUAGGGUUGCAAAAUUCCUGGAAUUUUCAAGAUUGGAAAAUUGCCAUGGGAAUUAACAUCAAUAUAUGAGAAUAAAAUAGGAAUUUAGAGAACUCACAUGUAGUUGAAAAACAAGAAUAAUCUUGGUUUAAACAAAGUUUUAAUUCUUGAAUCCUGCACACAAAAUAAUGUAAAAAAAAAUUCCACUUUGGGGAGUAUUCACAAAUGACAGAUUUGUUUAAAACUUCCUUGUGCCGUGUGUAAGCUAUUGUGCAACAAAAUUAUUUGUUGCACAAUAGUCGAAAAUGUAAUUUAUUGACUCUGUAUCCGCUUUUUUUUUGCAUGUCAGCUUAUGACCAAACAAAAAUGUUUGUAUAUAAUACAUUAUAUAUAUACACAAUUUCUAAUUAAUUCCCAAAAACAUCUGUAACUUCCCAUAAUUUUCUGGUAAGUUUCCAACAUGGAAUAUUUCCAAAAUUUCCCAGAUAAAAUCUGGUAAAUCUCUUAAAACCUGGUUUCAUCAAGAAUUUACACUUGACCAGCAUUUUUGUACAGAAUUUUCUCUGUUUGAACAGCUCACUUCUGGGUCCACCCAGAACCUGUUGUGUUUGUUGUAUUUCAUGCAGCUACAUUGUUAAUUUAUACUUAUUUUGCAUUUUAUCUUUUUACUAUACAGAAUUACUACAGUGUUGGAAUAUAUAGAGACUUGUGCAUGAUAAAGCUGUUAAAC